GUUCGUUUCCUUCCCUUUCAUAUGCAACCAUUCGUGUGCUUCCUCCAUUAAUGGCCUCCUCCAUCCUUUCUCUUUCUCUCUCUACCCCACACACACUAAGUGUGUGAGAGAGAAAACCAAAGACUUCCAUCUUACAAUCACAACGAUACAGCCUGAGUUACAGCCUACAGGUAUGAUUACAAUGGAACUCUUUUCUCUCUCUCUACUCUUCACUGUUUCUCUCUCUACAAUCAUCUUCUUCCUCUUCCGCACAACCACCGCCUCACGACGGAAAAUCCGUCUGCCGCCGGGAAGCAUCGGGUUACCUUUAAUCGGCGAAACAUUCCAGCUAAUAUCUGCAUACAAGACGGAGAAUCCAGAACCAUUUAUCGACGCUCGUGUGUCGAAAUACGGCAGCGUUUUCACCACUCAUGUAUUCGGAGAACGGACGGUGUUCUCCGCCGAUGGGGAGACGAACCGGUUUAUUUUGCAGAACGAAGGGAGGCUGUUCGAGUCGAGUUAUCCCGGUUCGAUAGCGAAUCUGGUCGGAAAACACUCGUUGUUGCUCAUGAGAGGCAGUCUUCACCGGAGAAUGCAUUCAUUGACAAUGAGUUUUGCUAAUUCCACCAUUAUCAAGGACCAUUUUUUGGUUGAUAUUGACCGGUUGGUCCGGCUCAACUUGGAUUCGUGGACCGGUCGGAUUCUACUCAUGGAGGAAGCCAAAAAGAUAACGUUUGAGUUAACGUUGAAACAACUGUUGAGCAUCGAUCCAUGUGAGUGGUCGGAGAAUUUAAGAAAAGAAUACAUGCUCGUAAUCGAAGGCUUCUUCUGCAUCCCUCUCCCCUUCUUCUCUCUCACCUAUCGUCGCGCCAUUCAGGCGAGGAAAAGGGUGACGGAGGCGUUGAAUUUGGUGGUCGGAGAGCGGCGGAGGGAGAGGGAGAGAGGGGUGAAGAAAAAUGAUAUGUUGGCGGCGUUGUUUGACAGCGACGGUGGCGAUGUGGUCUUCCACGACGAGGAGAUCGUGGAUUUCUUGGUGUCGCUGCUGGUUGCAGGUUACGACACCACCUCGACCACCAUGACUCUCGCCGUUAAAUUCCUUACAGACACUCCGUCGGCUCUUGCUCAACUUCAGGAAGAACAUGAUAAAAUUAGGGCAAAUAGAGGAACAUCGGUGGCUCUUGAAUGGGACGAUUACAAGUCUAUGCCGUUCACACAAUGUGUUGUUAACGAGACCUUGAGGCUCUCUAACAUAAUUAGCGGCGUAUUUCGUAGAGCAAUUACUGAUGUCAAGAUUAAAGGUUAUACAAUUCCAAAGGGAUCAAAGGUCUUUACUUCGCUUCGAGCAGUUCAUCUUGGUCAAGAAAAUUUCAAAGAUGCUCGUGUUUUCGAUCCUUGGAGAUGGCAGAAUACAUCCGACCCGAUAAACUUCAUGCCAUUUGGAGGAGGGCCAAGGAAAUGUCCGGGUCAUGAGCUAGCAAGGGUGGCGUUAUCUGUUUUCCUUCAUCAUCUCAUCACUCGUUUCAGUUGGAAACCUGCAGAAGAAGAUAAAUUGGUAUUUUUUCCAACGACAAGGACACAAAAACGAUAUCCUAUCAUUGUGGAAUGUCGUAAUGUAGGAGGGUGAUGUAAAUAGUAGAAGAUUAAAAAGAAUCAGUGGGUUAUAUUCUUGGAAAAUUUUGAAUAUGUUCAAAGAUUAGGUGUGUCGGAAAAAUUGUAAGAUCAUAUCGUUAAAGGUUUUUAUAUGUCUGUCUAGUGGCAUUUAUGUAUGUCUAGUGGCAUUUAUGUAUAUGAUACUUACGGAGGA